GCACUCAAAGCAACGUCAACAACGUCAUUCGUUGAGGAUCCUGAAGAUGGCGGACCGAAAAAUACUCAGCUGUAGCAUCAUUUUUGCAGUGUUAUUUUACGUUGCAUCUUUCGGGAAAUGCAACGACCAAGUACCUUUGAUGAUGUGGUCAAGUGCAGGCUCCCCGUUGCAGUCUCAAACGCCACCGGCGGCGGGGCAUAUCGUUUCCAGCUCUCAGCUGGAGUCCUACCUGAAGACGGCUCUUAGUAAUACCCCACACAACGUACUGCUCUUCCUGCAGGACAAGUUGAGUGUGGAUGAUUUCACCAUGUAUGGAGGAGUGUUUGGGAACAAACAGGAUAGCGCCUUCUCAAAUCUCGAGGCGGCGCUGCAUUCCUCCAACCCUCUGAUGCUGCCGUCGGUGGCUCGUCCUGUGGCCAAUGCUGUGACGGGGAUCCUGCAGGAGCAGCUGGACACGUCCCCCCUCUACAUGGACCCUGAGACCCUCGCACAGCUCCGACUCAACGCAUCUGUUGCCGCCCUGCUGGUGUUCCGCCUUCCCUAUGCCACAAGUGCUGAUAUGAUGUCUGCUAAAGAAGUCCUUAGUGGAAACGAUGAGGUGAUUGGUCAGGUCUUGAGCAUCAUGAACAGCCAGGCUGUCCCUUACACUGCAGUUUACACAGCGCUGCAGCCAUCUCGAGUGAUCGAGGACUCCUCCCUAGCCGUUCAGUCUGUGGGAGGACGCUCCCUCCUGCAGUACCGCAACAAGGGCUCCAGGCGUGGUGGCAGCAGUGAGAGGGCCAGGGAGAGGAGUGGCUCAGAACCCUACCCACCCGUGGAGUUCAAGGAGAAGGAUUCCCCCUGCAUCCUGCUGUGGGCCGAGAACCUGACGGUCAGCUUCCUCAGCGAUGGCAAGUGGAAGAGGCACGACCUGUCCCCGCAGACCUUUGGAGAGGGGGCCUCCGUCACGCUCGCUGGCUCCUCCUGCAGUGAGAGCAACUCAAAACUGGUCCUGAACUAUGAAAACGUUCUUGGAUUCCGUUCUUUCAAAAUGAUCUUUGCCAUGAGCCAGCGCCACUACAAGGUGUCUGCUCGCCGCUGGUUCACCCUGGACGAGGUCAUCCUGGAGUACGAGGGCAAGAAGGCCACGUUCAACGCCAGCCGCUCAAUCUACGCGCCCGCCGAGUAUUCAUACCGCUGCGAGUCCGUCAGCAGCUUCCGCUACGCCCAGCUCACACCACGGACGCCCAAAGACGCUGCUAAAGACUGGAGGGUGUCUUUCGAAGACUUCCAGAUCCAGGGCUUCAACCUUUCCAAGAAGGAGUUCUCCUACGCCAGUGACUGCGCUGGCUUCUUCACACCGGGCAUCUGGAUGGGUCUGCUGACCUCUCUGCUGAUGGUGCUCAUCCUCACCUACGGCCUGCACAUGAUCAUGCAGUUGCGCACCAUGGACCGCUUCGAUGACCCCAAGGGACCUGCCAUCUCCGUGCCCCAGACCGAGUAGGAACAGCCAACUAAGCAGCCGGCCAGCCAUUGAGGCAGUGGUGGCUCAUUUAAACCCCAUGCUCUCCACUCCACCCGUAUACCCUCUCCUCUGUCACUCUCCCGCUCCCACCUGUGUGUGUGUUUUUGCCUUUCAAGCUUCAUGUCCAAAGUCGUCUCGUCGCCUCUCCCGUAGCGUGUAAGGCCCCUCAACACUCAUCCACCACAUUCCAUGCAGCUUCAACAUUCUUCUCUUUUGUUUGCUUGUUUACUUUUGCCCCUAAUUGCUUGAAUAAUUUGGUUGAUACAUUCCACUUAUUUACAUUAUGUAACACAUUGUAUGAUGUUACAUUUUGUUUGUUUGUUAAUUAAUUUAUUUAUUUAUUUGUGAGUGUCACAUUGAUUAGAAAGGGCUUGUUUACAUCCUCACUGUUGAGGCCCAAACUAUUUGCUUCUAAGGAUACACCAGAGAAGGGAAGUUCAUCUUACUUUUGGUUAUUUGAUUAAAGAAGUUAUUUUACAUUACCUGAGGGAAAAGGUAGCCAGGGUAGAUCUAUUAGCUUCUGCCACCUUUUACCAGAUCUUCCAUGUGUAAACGUUAAACAUCUUCACAAAUAGGAUUUGGUUGUGUUGACUGGAUAGAUAAGCCUUCUUCCUUUCAACCUUAAUCUAUUGGCAACAAAAAGGUAAUAAGGAUUUGAAGAAAUUAUUAUUAGACAUUAUUAGCAGCCAUGUGCAAUACACAAGAAGGGACAUUGUCAUAAUUUUCAUGUUUUUUGUUUUUGUCUUAAUCAGCCUUUCAUUGGUGCAACACUUGUCUACAGAUGAAUUGUGUUGUGUUUACUACAUUUCAAUCAUUCAAUGGGUCCUACAAAAUCAUUUCAAGCAUGGAUACAUUAUUUUGUUUGUUUGUUUACCUGGGUGUAGUAGUGUUUAAAAACUUCAAACCACUGCAACUCCACGCAAGUCUGGUAAAAGCAUGAGUAGUUCUCCUACAGGUCAUCUUUGGGUCAGUACUGAGGGAUCCAGGUCCUCAAGAGGCCUGUGCUGCUGUGGGCGGUUUUUUUCCGAAAAUCACUGUUGUGCUACGACCACAAUGACUGAAACAGAUGGCAGAGGCUAUCAUGCAACUAUGACCGUUCCACAGCAAAGAAAACUUUUCAGAAACCCAGUCUUACGCUGUCAUUGCGCUGAAUUGCCCAUACGCAGAAGUCUUUGCUCAGGCAAAGACAGAGCAUUUCAUUUCAGGUCAUGUUUCAGAAAGAGCUGCUGUCUCAAAUCGUAGGAGAUUUUGAUUCAGAGAUUUACAGUGAAACUUCACAUCAUGCUUUUACCAGCGUAUGUGCAAAUGGUUUUGCUUUUGGUGGUAUGCGAUAUUAAACUUGCUGUACAGUGAACAAUGCUUACUCCAUGAAAUGAGUUUUGAAAUAUUGUAAAUAUGAAGAGAUGAAUAUAUUGCUGUAUUUCAGUUAGACAUUUAUUUAAUGGGUAAAUCCUUGACAUGUGUUUUGUUGUUGUGUGUGUGUGUGUGUGUGUGUGUGUGUGUGUGUAAUGACCGUAGCUGCCCUGUAGUUGAUGUGUUUGUAUGGCUCGUCUGAUCACUUCUGCUUAGAGGGAAUAUUGGAAUGCUGUUGUCAAGUCAUAUUACAUUUUAAGGGAGAAUCAUCAGCUGUCAUGACUCAAUGAGCUGUGACGCACUUAACAGGCACUGCAGUUGUGUAGCCCAGGUAACGUUAAGGGAAAUACUGAAGAUAACCAGAUGUCUAAUGUGUUGUUUACUUGAAAGGGAUCUGAUUGUCCAAUUGGUUAUUGCUGUGAAUUGAUUCUUAUGUAUGUUCUCAACUGGUUAUAACAUUCGGAACAUUCUGAAAGACUAGGACAGAUUAUUUGAACAAAAAAGGACUACAUAAUUCUUGUUGAAUGUUGUGAACACAAAAUGCAAUAAAAUUGUGUGGGGAAA